AAUUGUCUGACAAAAUCCCUAAUAAACCCACCGCUCGUCUUCGCCCUCGCGCGCUAGCUGGGGAAAGCGACGAUGGGCAUCGAACGGAAGCAGUCGGCGUUCAUCGAUCGCUUCGUGAGGCAAGCGGCGGAGCUCGGCGCAGCUGAAUCCGUCGCCAAUCUUGUCCUCGAGGCUACCUCCCAUCCCUCUCUUUUCGCCUUCGCCGAGAUCCUCGCCAUCCCCAACCUCUCGAAGCUUCUGGCAUCGCAGUAUUCAUCGUAUUUGGAUGUGCUUCUUUUGUUUGCCUGCGGCACAUGGAAAAUUUACCAACGUCAUGCUCAUAGCCUUCCAGUUCUGUUGCCUGAUCAAGUUCGUAAGCUGAAGCAAAUUAGUGUAUUAGCACUCAUUGAAAAUGAAAAGGAACUUCCUUAUGAUCAACUCAUGGAGGAACUGGAUGUUUCAAAUGUUCAGGAACUUGAGGACUUCCUCAUCCAGGAGUGCAUACAUACAGGUAUUGUUAGAGGAAAACUUGAUCAAUUGCGCAGGUGUUUCAAGUUUGCAUCUGGUAGGGACCUUACAGCUGAACAUCUAGCCAACACAAUUGAAACAUCAAAUAGCUGGUUUCGUACAUCCAGUAAUUUGCUACAUCUGAUCGAAGAGGGUAUCAAAUGGGUUGAGUGUAUGAAUGAGAUUAACAAUCAACAUAAGAAGGAAAUCAAUGAUGAGAUUGAAGAAGUGGAGAAAGCUUUCAAGGACCAUGAUGGAUGGUCUGAAAUUUGGGAUGGAACGGAUGAGGACUGCAUUGGACGAAAGUCAAGGAGACGGCGGCGGCUGGAACUUUAAAGCAAAAAGGUUGCUCUCCUGGUCUAAAUUCCAAUUUAGUCAGCUAACUAUUUUGUUGAUAACAUCUUAAAAUUGCCAGCAUUUCAAAGCAGAAUAACCUCUCAACAUUAGUGUACUACAAAAGAUCAUGUCCAUAUCACACCUAUCAUUUUACCGAAUUGUAAACACAGACAACCAUAACAGAGUUUUCUCUGUUUGAACUCGGAAUGAUAGUAGAUCAAUUAGUUUUGGAUGACAAAACUAGCUGUCCUUUUUGUACCUACAAAUCUCGAAUUCAUGUAUAGUUGUUACUUCUUGCCUCACAUGAAUUGCUACUCUGCAUGACCCAUUGUGGAUUAUGUAACUAGUUAAAAGGACA